UCCCGGUUGUAGUGCCAGCAAGGCUCCCCGGCUUCGGGCUCCUUCAUUCACCGGAGCUACCUGUAUCUGAAAAAAAAUAACGGUCAGUCCUCGAACGGACGGGUUUCCGUUUUGUUGUUUUAAAAGAGGUUAACGGUUCAGUCAGUUGCUGACCGCUGCCAGCCAUGGAGACGUAUGGCAGCUCACACAAGAAACAGAAGCUAAGCAACGCUCCUGAAAACUGGGGUAUGCAACGUGCCACUAAUGUCACUUAUCAAGCUCAUCAUGUUAGUCGAAAUAAGCGUGGACAGGUUGUGGGCACAAGAGGAGGUUUCAGAGGCUGUACUGUGUGGCUGACUGGUUUGUCAGGUGCAGGGAAGACCACAGUGAGCAUGGCUCUGGAGGAGUACCUGGUGUGUCAUGGUAUCCCCUGCUACACACUGGAUGGGGACAAUAUCCGUCAAGGGCUGAACAAAAACCUGGGCUUCAGCCCAGAGGACCGUGAAGAGAACAUUAGGCGCAUUGCUGAGGUGGCUCGGCUUUUCGCUGAUGCUGGGCUGGUCUGCAUCGCCAGCUUCAUCUCUCCCUACAGCAGGGAUCGCCUCAAUGCCAGGAAAAUCCAUGAGGCAGCAGGGCUGCCUUUCUUUGAGGUGUUUGUUGAUGCUCCACUGGAUGUUUGUGAGCAGAGGGAUGUGAAGGGGCUGUACAAGAGAGCCAGAGCAGGAGAAAUAAGAGGAUUCACUGGGAUUGACUCGGAGUACGAGAAGCCAGAGGCUCCAGAGCUGGUGCUAAAGACUGACUCCUGUAGUGUGAAUGAGUGCAUACAGCAGCUUAUUGACCUUCUUCAAGAGAGGGAUAUUGUACCUGUUGAUGCAUCGUAUGAGGUGAAAGAGCUGUAUGUUCAAGAAAACAAACUGGACCUGGCUAAGGCUGAUGCAGAGACUUUGCCUGCAGUGCAGAUUGGCAAGGUGGACAUGCAGUGGGUGCAGGUGCUGGCAGAAGGCUGGGCAACUCCUCUCAAUGGCUUCAUGAGAGAGAGAGAGUUUCUGCAGUGUCUUCAUUUUGACUGUCUCCUAGAUGGGGGAGUCAUCAACCUGUCAGUUCCUGUUGUGCUGCCGGUGUCGUCAGCAGAUAAAGAGCGUUUGGAUGGCGUCACAGCCAUGGCCCUGGUCUACGAGGGCAGACGAGUGGCCAUCCUCCGCAACCCUGAGUUUUAUGAACACCGCAAAGAGGAGCGAUGUGCUCGACAGUGGGGCACCACCUGCAAGGACCACCCAUACAUUAAGAUGGUGAUGGAAAGUGGGGACUGGCUAGUGGGGGGAGACUUGCAGGUUCUGGACAAGAUUUGCUGGAACGAUGGACUCGAUCAGUACCGACUGACACCCACCGAGCUCAAGCAGAAGUUUAAAGAAAUGAAUGCAGACGCUGUAUUCGCCUUCCAGCUCCGAAACCCAGUUCACAACGGCCACGCUCUUUUGAUGCAGGACACUCACAAGCGUCUCAUUGAGCGGGGAUAUCGCCGGCCUGUUCUGCUGCUCCACCCUCUUGGAGGGUGGACCAAGGAUGAUGACGUGCCACUGCCAUGGCGAAUGAAGCAGCACGCUGCUGUCCUGGAUGAGGGCAUCCUGAAUCCAGAGACUACCAUUGUAGCCAUCUUUCCUUCUCCCAUGAUGUACGCAGGGCCAACUGAGGUUCAGUGGCAUUGCAGAGCUCGAAUGGUGGCUGGAGCCAACUUCUACAUUGUGGGUCGUGACCCAGCAGGCAUGCCCCAUCCUGACACAGGAAAAGACCUGUACGAGCCCACUCAUGGGGCCAAGGUGCUCACCAUGGCUCCUGGCCUCAUCACUCUGGAGAUUGUUCCCUUCAAGGUUGCUGCUUACAACAAGGUCAAACGUGCCAUGGACUUCUAUGAUCCGAAAAACCAUCAAGAUUACGACUUCAUAUCAGGCACACGUAUGAGGAAGAUGGCUCGUGAAGGAGAGAAUCCUCCUGACGGUUUCAUGGCACCAAAGGCCUGGACCGUGCUGAAAGAAUAUUACAAGUCCCUGGAGAAGGCUUAAGGUUCAGUCUAAUGCUUUAAAACAUGAAAACAUGGUUUUACUGAUAUUUCAAAAAGGCAAAUGUGGGGACCAGUUAUAUACUAUGGAAUAACACACUUUUACUUGUGUCUGUGUCACUUUUACAAUUAACAGUCAUGAAACUGGUUAUUUUUAGUCUUAUCAUGUUUGUGUUUUAACUCUGUACUUUAUUUUACUCAGCUUACUGUAAAAAUAGGAGACGACAAAGGUUAGCGAAGAAACAAAAUAUAUUACAAAAGUAUUGUUUUUUUCUCACAACUUGAAAACUGUAUAUCCUGAUGACUCGUUAAAAAAUAUUGUGUAAAAAAAAAGAAAAAGGAUCAAGCCUCCAUGGAUAGUACUGUUGACCAGUACUGAAGGGGGCGUGAUUGAAUGUUGAAUAUUCGUGAUUGAACUGAAAAGGUUACUGCACCUGCUAGAGUCGAUUUAACUCACAGCUAAAACACAAACAAGCUGCUUUGUACUCAUGUGUUUGCAAAUGGCAGUGGUAAAUGCUCCAAAUUUGGUGUACACAAGUAUUUGAUGUGACAAAGUUGAGUGCCUUGGUCGUCAGAAGUGAGUUCACAUGAUGUCUUGUUUUGGAUUAGAACACACACAGACCUGCCUCUCAUCCCACUUGUCUUAUUGUUGUACCGAAACAGUGCAAGCAAUGAUCAACACCCGGAACAGCUUUUAAGAUGUUUUUUUUUAUUGAAAUGUGAAUCUCCAACCUUCCUAACCUUCUAGGAAAACCAUUUAGCAUUUCAUUUUUGUCAUUUUUAUCUAUUUAUUCUGUCCUAACAUUGCAACAUUUACUCUUAUUUUAACAGUGUUGUGCGAGUAGUUUUCAAGCUUUAUGCUCAUAGUCUCUUGGCUGUCUUGAUAUUUUGUUAAUGUUUCAUCAUUUGUAUUUUUUCUUCCCUCAUGGGUUGCUAAUAUUUUCCAUGUUGUAAUUCAUUUUUAAGAGCGGGGCCUGUAUAAUCAGAGGGUUGAUGGUUACCAUCAAGGGAUCAGAUUUGUAAUCUUCCUUGUCCAAUA